AUGCAAUACUUAGCGUAUAUCAAAGAUGAUAACGCAACGUUAAUUGGAAGCGGAAUACACGAAGGCUCUCUUGUUCAUGUCAUAGGGGAUACUGCUAAUAGAGAAGAAAUUAAUCAAACCGCCUCAAAAAAUCCCGAAGAAGUGGGGUAUUUGAAUAGAGUAUCCAAGGCGAUGGAAAUUCUUGACAACGCAAAGUUGAAGAUCAAAGAGUUUGAAGACGCAAUAUCAGAAUUGAAAUCAAUGCCCCCACAGCAACGUGAAAAACAAAAUAAAACACAAGAGCUGGGCAUUUACUUGACAGAAAUAUUGAUGCAGGCAUUAAUAUCUUUAGAUGCAGUCGAUUGCCCUCCUGAAUUUCAAACGGCUAGAUCGAGCAGAAAAGAAGCAGUGAAAAAAUGCCAAUUGCUUAUGGACCAUGUCGACAGUUUGAGAUCAGAACUAAAGCAAUAUGUAUCAUUAGAAGAUCAACAACAAAGAUUAUAA